CCGCGCGCUUGGCGCACUCGGCGGGUAAUGAUGCGCGGACCUGGAGCAGGACUGUUUGGAGCGCGUACUGUGAAAUGUGUCAGCGUGAUGUUGCGCGGAUAAUCAUCGGAGGACGUUCGACACCAGAGGACGGCGACACCUGAUGCUUGGGCGCGUCAGCUCUGGCCAACAUGGGUGUGCUCCAGCUCCAUAAUCCCACUCACCCCGGCACCCUUCUGCAACGAGCCAACCAGAUGCGCCUGACGGGCACCUUAUGCGACGUCAUCAUCACUGUGGACGGGCAGGAGUUCCCCGCCCACCGAACGGUCCUGGCGUGCACGAGCAAAAUGUUCGAGAUCUUGUUCCACCGCAGCAGCCUGCGAUACGCCCUGGACUUCCUGUCACCCAAAACCUUCCAGCAGAUCCUCGAGUACGCCUACACCGCCUCCCUGCAGGCCACAGCAGAAGACCUGGACGACCUGCUGUACGCUGCGGAGAUCCUGGAGAUUGAGUACUUGGAGGAGCAGUGCCUGAAAGUACUGGAAACCAUCCAGGCUGAAGAGAGUGAGGACGCCGUGGUGCGGAAUCACAGCUCCGGAGAUGGUGGCGACCACAGCCGAGCCCGGCACUGGAGGCACGUGAUGUCCAAGAAACAUUCCUUACAAGACGGACAGAACCACGGCACGCCCAACGCUCUGCACCACCUCACACUCUACAACAUGAAUGACAGGAGUUCGCCGGGCCCCAAGUCAGAUGGAGCCCCGCAACCCAGCCCCAAAGGGGACACUGAGAUAGACAUGGAGGGCACCCAUGAGCCACAGAGUCUGACCUCCUCUCUGGAUCCAGCCGGCGCCAUCAAGUCAGAGAAGAUGCAGGUGGAGGAUGAAGAGGGUUGGGAGGGGAGAUCCUCCGGCACAAGGGAAGAAAGCUGCCUGUCAGAUCUGCCCAAAGAUGACGGUCCAGGGACCCCAAGAAGAGGCAGUGUCAUUACACGAGCGCGAGAUCUGCACACCAGCGCAGAAGAAGGAGGACAAGUGGUGGGAAACGCUUUUGAGCGUUUCUCCGGGAUCGCAGAGAAACACCUGGCUUCCUUGUACUCAAUGUCCAGCUACACAAAUGACGGGGUGAUGCCGGUAGGGGUCUCGGUGGCUCCGUCUUUGGGUGUUCCGCUGGACCCCCGGGCCUACGGCGGCCUGCUCCAUCAAGGGCUACUGCACCGCGAACUCCUGAGCAGACUGGGCCAGUUUGCCGCGGGGAUGAGGCACGAGGGCAAAGAGGCGAACCAGCAGUGCUGUGCCGAGUGUGGGCUUCAGCUACACAGCAGACAGGCCAUGGAGCAGCACAGGAGGCUGCAUAAUGAGGAGAAGGGCCACGGCUGUGAAUACUGUGGCAAACACUUCCAGGACAGCAUGCGGCUGCGGAUGCACAUGCUGUCUCACACAGCUCCUGCCGAAGCGCUGGUGUGCGAUCAGUGUGGAGCGACGUUCUCCUCAGAGGAGGCUCUGGAGGCCCACAGGCAAACGCACACAGGGACCGACAUGGCGGUGUUCUGUCUGCUGUGUGCAAAGCGCUUCCAGACCCAGAAGGCCCUGCAGCAGCACAUGGAGGUCCACGCAGGCAUGCACAGCUACAUCUGCAGCCACUGUGAUCGCCCUUUCCCCAGCCACACCACGCUCAAGCGACACUUGCGCUCACACUCUGGCGAUCAUCCGUUUGAGUGUGAAUUCUGCGGGAGCUGCUUCAGAGACGACGGCACACUGAGGGGCCACAAACGCAUCCACACGGGCGAGAAGCCGUACGAGUGCAACGGCUGCGGGAAACGCUUCAGUCUCAAACACCAGCUGGAGACGCACUACCGAGUACACACAGGUGAGAAGCCAUUUGAGUGUAAGCUGUGUCAUCAGCGGUCCAGAGACUACUCGGCCAUGAUCAAACACCUGCGCACGCACAACGGAGCCUCGCCGUACCAGUGCACCAUCUGCCAGGACUUCUGCCCCAGUCUGGCCGCCAUGCAGAAGCACAUGAAGGGCCACAAGCCCGAAGAGGUGCCGGCCGACUGGAGGAUAGAAAAGACUUACUUGUACGUCUGUUACGUCUGAGCAGGACUUGGACUGCACACACGAGAGCACACUGUUGCUAUCCAGCGACAGAGCUGCAGUGGUUUUAUGACACCGUUAAAAGGCUUUUCUCACCUUCAUGAUGACAUCACAGCACAGGUUUUCAGCACAACCAGGCUUGUAGCUCAAGUCUGAAUAUUAAAGAUCACAUCACAGUGGUUCAUGCAACUACUCCAGCACUUCCUAACAUCCAAAAACAUGCGCGUAACAUCACACCACAUCACCCUCAAUUGGAAUGCUUGAGCCAGUAAUUUAUAGUGUCGAGCGUCAGAGGAAGAAAAUGAGGAGCAAAAAAAAUGUUGAUGUCAUUUUCCAAGCUGUUUCCCGGAAUCAUUUUAUGGGAAAUAAUGCCAGCCUUUUGACAUUUUCAGACAAGCAUGUUGCAUUUAAUUAUGGCAUUUUUUAACCUAAUUUAAUGAAUAUGAAUAUUCAGAAAAUAUUUCAUGUCGUAUUUUACACCAAACAAGUUUGUGAUUUUUUUUUUUAAUCAGAAAAAAAACUGUCAAAUAUUGCGGUUCAGUUGCACAUAAUGACAGCAACAAUAUAUACUCUCGUCGUCCCUUUAAAUUUUCAUAAACAUUUUUUCACUAUAUUUUUCUGGCCUACAAUUGUACAAAGAAUACAGAAAAAACAACCUUUUUUUAUAGUGUAAGCAGUUGUGAAAAACACCAAAAUAUUUUUUUUUGUUAAAUGCAACAUGCUUUAAUAGAAAUGUCACGAGGGAAAACAUUUUUUUUAAACCCAAAACAGUCUUUCACUUUCCUGGAAAAAAAGUCUCACUUCCUGCAGAAUGAUUAUGACAACAGCCUCCAGGCAACUCCAUCUCCCAGCACGAACGCCCGACUGCAUAAAUCACACAAACACAAUACCGUCCCACAAACAUCUCCUAUGAUUGUCCGGUUAACAUAAGAAGAAAAAAAAACAAAACAUUCUCGCCUCAUUUUGUGUUUCUGCGGAGUUUAUUAUUUGCAUGUUUUACUUGAAUCGCUGCCAACCUAAUUUCUUUUAUCGCCUUGUUUUACUUGCAGUGAGCGUUGUUUUGUAUUCGAGGUGACUGGCUUUUAUUUGCAAUGAAAUAGCCAUUUAUGUCGUCUGUGUUACCAAAUACUUGUCGUCAUCAUCAUCAUCAUCAUCAUCACGGCCCGUUUCUCCUGAUCCCCCGCGGAGCCCACGCUACUUCUGCACACCUCUCCGUUUUAAAAAUGACUGCUUUCAUUACAUGCAGACUUUAAAUGUUGAAAAAAAAAAAAGAAGAGCCUGAACUCUGGCUUUACCGUGUGUUUUCUAACAACCUGCUUAUAGAUGUCUAAUGCGUCAAUGAUUUUCUAGAUGAAAAAGAAAUCAAGAAAAUAUGUUGUUUUUUUUACAAAAACGUGAAUCACCAUGAGCAGGUUAUUGUUGGUUAUAUUGUGUAGCUGUUACUGUCACAGUAUGUUAUUCCCUCACGUGAGCCUGACGCAGGCCGUUUAGAGUUAAACAUGUUGUAUUUUUGUAUUACAGUCACUUGCUGUUUACAUUUGAUCUUGUGUUUUAUAAGUCCGAUCUGAUUAAAUCCCUCCCUCGUGCCUCUUUUAUAAAUACGUAGAGCGUCGAUAUGCUUCGAGUACGUGGGUCUGUGCAGUUUGGUAGUCGUCUCUGGGUGUUUGUUUAAUGUUACUGAAUUAAAGAUAGACUGCCAUGUAGAUCCCCGCGUCUGAAUAUCGCAACUGGAAGCAACAUACUGUGAUCGUGGCUGAGAAUCUGAUGCAAGUUGCGAGCAAUUUUGAUGUAAAAGUGCGUCUGAAAUCGUUCCUUUCAAGAGAAAGAAAAAAUAAAAAAUAAAAAAAGGAAGGAUCUCCAGGUAAAAACAAAAAAAGAAUUAAAAAAAAAGCUUGUGCAUCGCAAAAUGUUAACUCAGUGCCAUGAAAACACAUUCACUGUAUCUUCUCUACAUGCACUAUACGUGGAGUUUUCCUCGCUGGACCAAAAGAAAUCGAGCACUUUUUGUCUGAAAAGGGUUUUUUUCUUUGAUCUUUCUAUGUUGUGAUGAUGCAGAUGUCCUUUGAUUUGUCCUAGAAGGAUGUAACUAGCAUUGUUUUAGAUUAUCGUCCAUGUCUGUCUACCUCAGGGCCGGAGCAAAGACUUGACCCGGUGUCCAAUCAGGGUCGUUCUUCUUGCCAUGUGUGCAGUAAAAAAAAAGAAAAAAAAUCCUUUUUCAUUACAGCUUUGUAACACCGUGUGUGGAAGUGUUUUCUGUGUGGAUUCAGGCACAACUCUGUAUGCGUCAGUGUUCAGUGGCAUGGUCAAAAAAAGAAUAAAAUAUUGACUAUUUUAAGCAUUCUCACUUUCUCCUGUUUGUGUUGGAAAAACAAAUGGUCUUAAACUAGCUGGAUUGGAUGAAUUGCAAUGACUCCAACCCACUGGAAUAUUUAAAUCCAUAAAAAGUCAGAGAAACUCCUUACACAGUAGGGAACCUAAGCGUUUGCUAUCCCUCCAUUUUUUACACUUGGAUCAAGUCAAUCAUUCUGGAAAAUUCAGCAUUUUUUCUCCAUUUUCCCAAAUGAACAAGGGCAUAAGAGUGAAUUACUUUUUUAUAGGUUAUGGAACUACCGAUAAAAAACAAUGGUUUUAACUGAAAUACUGUUUACUUUGUUCACAAAGUUCAUAGUUAUAGUUAGGGCUGUGUAUUGGUGAGUGUCUUGCGAUACUAUACGUAUCCCAAUACAUGAGGAAUGACACCAUAUGUUGCAAUACUACAAGCUCCGCAAUGUAUUGUAAUAUUUGGAAGCAAGAGCCAUCAUUUUUAGGGGGAGACUCAGAUAGUGCAGUUAACUCUAACGUGCCUGAAAACAAAGGAGUCCAGUUAGACUUUCAGUUCGAUUUGGGAGUCCAACAGAGGAACUUCCUUUGUCAACAAAAUAUAGCCAACUUUAUUAGUAUUAAACAUGUCACAAAUGCAGCAGCAUGUACAAGUAUUUAUGUUUUAAAUAGUGUUAUAAUCCACCAAUAAAUCAAGAGAUUAUCACACAAUUAAG